AUGUUAAGCAAUAAAACUAGAGGUUUAAACAAUAUAGCUAACAGCACAGCCUUAAACAAUGACAGUUCAGAACUAUGCCUCCCAUCUUGGAUUCUUAACGCCGUCAACGUCCAGUCUGUGUACAUCAGUGACACUGUGAUAACGGUCGUGAGCAUCCCGUUCGCCUUAUUUGCCGUGGUCGCUAACUUGGCUGUUUUAGUCAUCAUAAUCCGCUCUCCUUCACUCCACCGUCCAGUUAACGUGAUGCUGUGUAGCCUGGCUGCCUCUGAUUGUCUAACCGGCCUAGUUCUUCAACCUGUGUACAUAGCAUGGCGCUUUCUUCUGCAUCAUUUUCAAGACACUUGCAAAUUGGUUCAUCUUUACCAAGCCAGUAAAUCUGUUCCGUUCAUGCUUAUCGGUUGCACCUUCGUGAACUUGUCAAUAAUGAGUGUCGAAAGAUUGUAUGCUGUUUCAAAGCCCCUUGCCUAUUCAGCAAAAAUAACACUGCAAGGUAUGAAGAACUAUGGCAAACCCUUACCUUUGCAAAUUGAAAUUGCUUUACAUUCCUUUUAUAAAAUGAUUAGACAAAUGGAAAAUGGUUUUAGGUAGCCUGAAUUUCAGACGAUUACUUCGAGUCGUCAUCUCCUCUCAGCAACGUCUGAAUCGACCAGCCGUUAAGGCCGUCCAGUGACGUCACUAUCCGAAAACCGAGUAGUGAUUUUGGUUGGUUGAUUAUCCAAACUUUGGCAUAAUUAUGUAUAAUUAUGAGAAAUUAUAGGGACAUUGUCGUUUGAUAUCCAGCGGCUCACAUGCCUGGCAUCAGUACUAAUAAUCCUUGAGUGGAGCUCAAAAAUUUCGACAAUCCUUUAACGUAAACAGCAAAAUUGCCCUUGUCUUCGAAAUUAUGAAUUGUUAAGUUGAACUACGAAUUCGGCAGUGCUUUUGUCUGUGCGAAGUUUUCCCUGUCUGAGAUUUAAGUCAUAAUUCGACCUUCUUGUCAUUUCCAACGUCAAGUGUAAUGAUUCUGUUAGCUUUUAUUUCUUGUUUCCUUGUUUUCUUUCUUCUUCGUUACUGGGACCAAAUAGCUUCUUUUCAAUUAAAGUUAAAGCGCCGUUGUGUUUUUGAACUAAGUGUUCAAAACCCCUCCCCCCCCGGGACAUUUUCAAACGAUCUUUAUUGCGGUUUGCCAAUUGAAAAUCGUGUCUGACGUUCUGCAUGAAUUAAAGCAAAGGGGUAGUGACUUCAUUGGACGGCAUUAACGGCCGGUCCAUUCAGACGUAAAAGCGGCUCGAAGUAAUUGUCUUAGGGGGUUUAGGAACGAAAUUAUUUAGGCCGCUUCCCUAAUCUUUUAAACCUACAUCACUUUUCGGGGGCCUUGUUUUAAGCCACAGUUAAAAGAAUUAUGAUGAAAGUAUAAUGAUAGGCUGUUUUUCCCAACCUUUAAGUCUUACAGCGUACUUACUACUCUCGCCGGAACAGCUAUCUAUUAGGGGCUCAAACUAGCCAAGGUUUGAAGUUUUCGACCUUUUUUAGUAUUCAAGCUUAUUCAGCUGCGCACAAAACUUUGUAUUGAUGGUCUUUUAGUUCAUUUAUCUCUUUAUAAAUGACAAAUUUAUUAUUAUCAACAAUUAUUGUCAAAAAUCGAUAAAAAAGGACAAAAUUUCCCAGUCAGUACUAUGCCAGCGCGGGUCCGAAAUGAAAAACACCCGUUUGACUAGACUUGUUCACAAGUCGAGCUUUGAGCGCGUAGCGCGAGCGAGCGAGCGCGAAACGCGAGCGAGCGAAAGCCGGGUCCUACCACACCAGACCAGAAAACCAAGCGAACGACUUUGAGAAAGUCUACCGUUUGACUUGAACAGAUUAUCAUAGCUUUAAUCACAAAUCCAUACGCGUAAUACAUCUCCAAAUCGCUAAAGAAGUGAAUCUGUCAAAUUAGAUAUACAGAUGUACAGUUGGUAUACAGAAAAACUGGCAAGCAGGAAAGUAAAAAAAAACGGCAAGAAAACGGCAAGCAGGAAAGUAAAAACUUACGCCUUUCUGGGCUCUAUUCAUCGGACCGCGUGGUCGAUACCAUAACAAAACUAGCGCGCAUGCGCAGAAAUUCGUGACACAUACAUGACGUAAAAAACGGCGGAACACUCGGGCCGCUACAAGUACCUUGGGGGAUUCAACGUAAUCACAUAGUUGAAACAAAAUCUCCAUCAAGCAAUUUUUUCCUGCACUGUAAAAUUCUCAUGAAGGUCAUUUUCAACCCUAAUCUGAACGAAGCAAAAGAAUCCAACGUAAGAGUUCCUUCAGUGUUUUGGGAAUUUUUUGAUUGUGCUUUUUAGAGUGAUUGUGAGAAACACGUGACAUCCUUUUGUCCAUGACGCUAGGAAAGUCUUUUCCAAAAUAAGACAACUAGGUUUUUUGAAAUUUAAAGUUACAUUCUGUUCCCCAUGAAAUUCCUUGUUCUUUAGAGUAUGAGGCUUCUCUAGGUUUUUAAGUAAUUAAGUAGAGGGGGAGGGGGGUGAGGUAGAAAAGCCUGACGCACACGCUUAUGAGGUUUUAAUCAAAAAUUGAUUAAAUUGUUGUUAUUUUUUUUUUGAAAUCACUUCUUUUCCCUUUUCCACAAUUAAAAGGCUUGUUCGUACUAUCCAUCUCAGUUAAGCGUAAAAUGAAGCCCCCAGGAGCAUUUGGUGCUUUUUCAUUUUUUGUGCUUCCUAGGUCACGAUGAAUUCCAAAUACGGUACUUAUCGUUUCGACAAUCGAGACAAAGAUGCUUGAUCAAAACGGUCCUUUUAUGAUGCCGGGCAGCCAGCUAAGCCAGUAACCCAUGCCUUUACUAACUCCAGUCUUAAAAUUAAUUACAAUAAUUGUAUUUCAGGAAUGGUAAAGAUAGUCAUUAGUGCAUGGGUGAUCUGGUUCAUCUACAUAAUCCUUCUGGAAACUGCGGUGCCUGAGGUGCUUUAUCAAGCGCUGGAAAGUAUCACGAUGAUUUCAAUGAUGAUCAUACCGAUCGGCGGACACGUCUUGACUUUCCAGGCAAUCCGCUCCAACAACAAAAAGAUCUUAGAUGCCACCCACAACUCUCAACAAGCGAUCCUUUUUAAAAGGGAGAAAAAGGCUUUUGCAGAUAUGGCAUUGUACACGGUAGCGACGCUCCUGUCCAUUCUUCCUAUUCUCUUACUUCUGAAUGUGGAAAAAAGCAUUGUAUCAGGACACAUUCUGUUCCCUUGGGCGUCAGUCUUCGCCCAGUUGAUAUCCAGUCUUAACCCUGUUGUUCAAAUUAAAAAAAAUGCCGCUUUGAGGCAGGCUCUGAAGUUUGCAAUGUGA